GUUUCGACAUUUUCGUAAACUGAGUGUUUACAAUUUUUAAUGUUUUUAGUACCUACGAUUUCAGAAUUUUACACCUUUUUGUUAAAUCAAAUUUAAAAGUUGACAUCACAAGACAUUUUGUGAUACUAAAGUCUUAAUUAAAGAGUAGAUGAUGAAGUUAAUGCCAUGCUUGAAAAUAGUCAGUACAAAUUUGAGAUUCACAAUGAGAAGUCAUUCCUAUUUUGACACUUUGGGCUCGGCCAGAAUAAUGGCCCAGAUCCUUGAUGGGAAAGCUUUGGCAAAGGAGAUAAAAGAUGAAUUGAAAAUCAAAAUCAACAAUUGGGUUACUCUUGGUAACAAGACACCCACUUUACGGUGUAUUAUAGUUGGUGACGACCCUGCAAGUCACACAUAUGUGCGAAACAAAAUCAAAGCAGCUAAGGAUGUAGGUAUUGCUGCAGAAACAAUGAAGUAUAAUUCAACAUUAAUUCAAGAAGAUUUACUUAAGAUUAUUGAUGGAUUAAAUAAGGAUAAGGAAGUAGAUGGGAUCCUUGUCCAGUUACCAUUGCCUGGAGAUAUGGACGAAAGGAAAAUUUGUAAUGCCGUUGCUCCUGAAAAGGAUGUUGAUGGUUUUCAUAUUAUAAAUGUGGGUCAAUUGUGUUUGGAUAUGCCAACUAUUGUGCCAGCUACUGCUUUAGCUGUUAUUGAGAUGUUGAAGAGGUUCAAAAUAGACACCUUCGGCCGCAACGCAGUUGUAGUUGGUAGGUCGAAAAAUGUAGGCAUGCCUAUUGCUAUGAUGCUUCACAGUGAUAUGAGGCAUGACAGUGGGUUGGGUAUGGAUGCGACUGUCACUAUUUGUCACCGCUACACCCCGGCGGAACAGUUGGAAAAACUGUGUAGAAACGCUGAUAUUGUUAUCACUGCCACAGGUAUCCCGAAGCUAAUUAAAGCGAAUAUGAUAAAGCCAGGAGCUACGGUUAUUGAUGUUGGUAUCACAAGAAUUGUUGACGAACAAGGAAAUACUAAACUUGUUGGCGACGUUGAUUUUGAUGAGGUAAGCAAAAUUGCUGGCAAUAUUACACCAGUACCUGGUGGUGUUGGACCCAUGACGGUAGCCAUGUUGAUGCACAACACAUUCCAAGCAGCGCAGAAACUUCGCGAAGCUGAAAUUGAAAAUUAAAUAUUUAAGUAUAUCGUAAAUUAUUUGAUUGUAUCGCCUCAUAGAGGCAUGCAUAUCGUAGUUAUAAUUGUAAGACUAACUGUUCUUUGACAACUCUAUACGAUAUAAUUUUGAGGUUAAUACUACUUGUUAUAUUGCAUUGCAUUUAUUUUUGUGAUGAUGAAAGGAUGCAGUGAACUACUUGGUAAGUAACCAAGUAAAACUAAUUGUAUAAUUGGAAGCACAAACUAUGUGGAUUGAUUUGUUUGUGGAAAAUUGUUUCUUCUUAGUCUUAAUGAUGCAUUCAGAUAAGCAUAGGCUGUAUAUUUUAUACGCAAUCGAUAUAUAGUAAUAUGUACUUAUCUUCUGUCUCGCGUUCCUACGAAUGACAUUAUAACAAUAUAUAUUUUGACAUGGCUUUUGCAUUGAUAUAAGCACGUAUAAGCGAUCAGAAUGAGAUGCGACUUGACCUUAUUACGUAGCAUAAUAAGAUAAUUUAUAAUAUUUAAUAACGAUAGCUUGAAACGUUAUUCUUACGCGUCAAGUGUAAUUAUUCAAAGAUAUUUAAUUUUCGUACUUUGAGUCUAAAAAGACUUAAAUCGAAUCAGAAAACUACUUAUCUUUUUUAUGUUUAAAAACUUGACAUUGCGUAUCUAACGCAUAACUUUGACAAGGUCCCAUAUCAUUUUGAUUCCGCGUCAAAUACACAUCAAACUCUAUAUAACGCGGUAGAAAGGUUCCGCGUUAAACCUGUUAUAGGGGAAUAUAUUUCCAUAUAACGCGUUUUACGACCCCGUAAUUGGUAAUAAUAAUUAAUCAAAAUUCGUAACAAGUAUUUAUAAUUGUUUGCCUAGUCUUACUAUUUUAUUAAAGUUCUUACAUUUAAUCAUAAAUUUAAUAAAAUAAUUUAAUAUUGACACACGUGCAAAGGUACGCGAAUCUAAUUAUGAACUGUACAAAUCAUUAUAAAUUUCACAGUACAGAAAUAUGUAUUGUGGGAAAUGCCCGCGUUAUAUGCUAAAAUACCCGUGCUAUACAGGUAUUGGAUAUCGCGUAAUACGUAACACGUAAACACGUUAUAAAGAAACCGCGUGAUGGGGUCGCUUACUGUAUUACUCGUAUUUAUUAUAUUUGACGUAUGUUCAUUUGAAUGCCAAACAUCCCUGCAGUAAUAAUUGUAACCAAUUUAUUUAUACUUUCUUGAGUAAGUCUUUUUGUGUUUGUAGAAUGAUCUAUUUUCCAACAUUGUUCGAAUACGUAUUAACUGUAUAAGUGCCUUAUUUAUAUGAAUUUCAUAGACUUAAUAUUUGAAAGUAUUAUAAAUGUUAAUUAGAUGAUAAGUAAUUGGUGAUUUUGUGUCCUAGAAUAAUUUAUAUCUUUUUACCCGACUGCGUGAAGCUAUUUGUAUGUUCCUUUCUAUGCGACGAUCUGAGAGGCCAACUGCGUUGGUCGAUUUUGAUGAUGCCUCGUAACAGUUAAGUUUUUUGAUUAAGUUGGUAUUUUUAUGAGGAUAUCUGACAAGACGAGCAUGACAUCACACUACGGUACGUGAUAGGCCCUGCCUAUUACAAUGAGUUGCCGCUAAGGAUUCUCGAUAAAAUCUUAAAUUCUAAGAAACAUCACAAUUGCACUUGUCACUUUGAUGUCAAUUUGAAGAUGUUCAGGCUCAUAUCUUUAAAAUUCACUGCCACUCGCACAUGUAUGAUCUAUCUCAUAUCUGCCAUCCCUAUUUCACUGUCAGACCGACUUGUAUAGUCGCCAUUUUAGAUUCGUUUCAUUAUUGGCACGGGUUAUAUUGUAUAACUCUUUAGGAAUUACUAUAUUGAUUGUAACAAUGAAAUGUUCUAAGAAUUGAUUAAUGGUUAUCAUUGAGUGCCUAUUGUGUGUAGAUAUUAUUUUGAAUAAAAACUCUAAAAUUCUAAAUUGAACAUUCCAUCCUUUGAAAUAUCAACAUAACCAAAUCGGUUUAUCGAGACUUAUUUUUAAAUGACGUGCUCUGAAUAAUAUAGAUCUACAUAGAUGAUUUAUUUAUACCUCAUUGAUGUUAUUAAAAUAACCUAAUAUUGUUAUUAUUAUGUGGUUUAUUUAAUAUAUCAAACGUAUAUUAUA